UGUGAAGAUCAGCGAAUUUUCUGUUUAUUAUGUGCAUAAAUGUUCAUAUAAAUCCAAUAUUUUAUGACGAAAUUCGGAUUUAUUUAAGCUACCGUGUUACAUAUGAUACAUCCGCUAAAUUACCAUGGACACUUAGGCACAUUAAUAUUGAAUAUUGGUGAUAAGGUUCAUUAAAUCAACACGACGCCAUUUUGUUUUUAAAACAAAAACUGCAUUUAAAUAUUUUGUGUAAAAAUACACAGUCCGCAGCUAACAGACACAUUGACAAAUUCCGGUAGUUAAGUAGAAGCAUAUUUAAAACUUUUCGGGUCAAUCUGUCAGUUCGUUGAAUAACCGGAAGCUUGCUUUGUUUACCAAAACACACGCUGAAGGUCAGAUUAAAAAAAACACUAAAAAUCUAAACAACUGUGGAAUAUGCGUAAGUCCUUGGAAAAUCAAGCUGCAGAAUUAAAUAUCAUCAUGGAUUCAAUAGAAAUAGCUAGGAAAUAUUGAUCUAGAAGCUGCAUAGCAUAACAAAAUGGAUGGAAGUUAGAACACAACUGGCUGGGCUAAGUUAGAGUGGGAAAGUACUUCGACGAAAAUGCUGGCAUAUUACGUAAGGUUGAGUUGAUGUCUUGUGAUAAUUAACUAAGACAACAACCAACUAAAUGUGCUGUCGCCAGUUAAAUCUACCACACGAUAGUGAACCGAUGGAAAAAAAAGUAGAGGAAACACACAUAUCUGUAGCUACAUGAAUGGCAAGACCUAGCAACCAAGCUGACAAAGGAUAAACUGUUAAGUUUACAUUAACAAGAAGAAUGGCAGAAAACGGUGUAGAGGCGGAAAGUCUUCAUAAUCAUUGCGAAUGUGAAUCACAGCAAAAAUCUGACAGCCAUCACAAGUUGCCACGUCCGCCCGAUGAUUCGGACACAAAGCUUCCAGUUGAUACAGAUGGAGACGGAACAGAUUUCUCACUUGAUGAUGAUUCUGAUGAUGAUAUUAUGGACAUAAGAAUGAAAGUGUCGGAUAGUCCUUCGAGAUUACUGUUAAAUGGUCGACCAAUUGUGCCCCACUUUGGUCCUAUAGUUUGUGAUGUUAAUGACAUUACCGCAGCAGGAAGUUCCAGUAUAAGUCUCCCACCACAACGUGUCCCAAUGUCUGCUCAACAGGACCUAGUGUGGCUAGGUAGCUCGCUGGGGACAAUGCACAAAGUGCCUAUUAGAGCUAAGCCAAGUGUUGGAUCUCGUAUUGAUGAACUGACUAGGUCACCUAGUGUCCUAUCAAAAAAGAUGUCAAGUUGUCAUUACAGUUCUCUGACAGUGUCGUCUUGUGGAACAGACAUGUACUCGUUCUGUAAGAUCUGUCAGAUGCAAGGAGAUGAGAGGGACCCCCUGAUCACACCAUGUCGAUGUUCUGGUACACUACGAUAUAUACAUGUCUCAUGUCUCAAGAAAUGGAUAAGAAUCUCACAGAGGCGCGGCAAGAAACAACCACCAAGGUGUGAACUUUGCCACUUCCAGUAUAUGAGGCAUAAACAAUUCAAGUUCAGCCAGUGGAGAUGGCCAAGAGUUCGUCCACGAGACAAGUGUCUUCAUAUUAUAUUCCUACUCAAUCUCCUCAUCAUGGUUGGCUGUGCUAUAGCUACCAUUAUGUGCUUUCUAUCCGACCGUGACAAUGCUGCCAAGUUUCCAAAAAACAAGGUUAAGCUUACAUCAGAAGAAAUAAUCACACUCACAUGUGGAGUAAUGUUUUUUGUCGCCUUCUUCAUAGCCAUGACUGUAGAAAUCAAAGCAAGGCACACGUUAUAUAAACUAUUCCUGCGCUUUAUUAUGCACAAUACAGAGUGGACUGUAGAAAGUUAUGACCCAAGCAAGGAUCCCUUGUUCAAAAAAGCACCACUGAAUGUCAGUCAGGUGUAAGUGAACCUUUUUUCUGUUCUUAACCAGAAGUAAUGGUAACAGCUGAAACUCUUGCAGAUAUUUCAUCUGUUCUGAAACCAGAUUUUGCCCAUAUAUGUGGCCUUAAAUUAUCUCAGUUGAUAAUUUGCAAAACUACAUGGUACUAGUACUGAAUGCGGACUUUUAUGUUAAAAUUAUUUACAAAUUAUUUCAGAUUCAACAGCACUCUACAAAGGUUAUUGGUACUAUCCUCUGUUAAGAAUGUAAGAAAAAAAAGUUAAAGUUAUUUUUGUUAGGAAUUUAUGUAAUGGCUAAGGAUGGGAGAAUAUUUUUAGAAAGUUUUUCAACAUGUUUGGUGUAAGACAAAUAUUACAUUAAUCUGGUGAAAAGAAGAGAUUUUGGACCCGCCAUCAGUUCCCAAUAGCUCAAUAACCCUACUUUGUGUUGGCUGGUAUUUUGAUAACAAAAGUCAUUUGUGCAAGUUAAAGAUCCUAAAUUGAAAACGUUUGUCAGCUUGUUGUUUAAAUACCUUUAUUUCAUAAGUAAAGUAUGAAUCUAAUUGUAAAUAUAAUUGGUACCAAAACAAAGGGACAUAACUACAGUCACUUUGUAAAAAACCCAACACAAAUCACGUUUACUCUCAGUUAAAACCAACCAAAAAUUAUUACUCAGUAAAAGACAGUCAGAUGCAUUGUUAGAACUUCCAAGACAGGUGCAUUGAAUUUUUUAUCUAAUUUAUUUCUUAUUUCUAUAAGAGCAGAUCAAAUACUGUUCAAUCAAACAACAUCUGAUUUUUCAUCACAUGCAUAAAAGUAUUUCACAUGAUUAAGUGACACCAAGUUGUCCGAGUAUAGAGUAUUUUAGACAUAGAAUACUAGAACGUCGUCUAAACUGUGGACUGGUGUUUGUAUACGAAUAUUCAAAUAACCUAGACAAGUUUUUUGAGUGUGUGUUUUAAUAUUUGUUUCCAUCCUUAAUAAUUACUUUUAAUUGAAUUUGUAUCAUUAUAUGCAUAUGAAUUUAUAGAAAACUUUAACUUGCAUUUUAAUUAAAAGCAAAAUACAUAGAAAGAAAGCAUUUGUAUCAAAUGUAGUUUCAUUGAUGUUUCUAUUUUAAGCUCUAUCUGGCAUGGAGCCUACUAUGCAGAGAGCAUGUUUACUGCUUUUUUGCCAAGUUUUGAAAUAAAAA